GGCGAGCGAGUGGAGCGGCCUGUGAAACAGCCGGUGAACGAUAACAAGAAACUCUCGAGAAUCCGAAAAUUUGCAUUAACAAUAAAUCUAAUCAGUGUGCACGAGACUACUUCAAUUGCAUGAAGGAAAAAUUUAACGGACUUUAUAAUGAAGAGAACCAAAAUUGUCCCGAUUUAAUGACUUUCACGGUCUGAAAGAAGAGUCCUGACACAAAAAAAAAAAGAACUCCAAGACGGACCCCAUAAAAAUACAAGCCGAGCGAUUAUGAGAGGGGACAGACGCGGAUGAUGGGGACGGAUUCCGAAUUGCCGGACCUCAAAGGUCGUUUCGCCCGAUGAAUCCGCUGAAUGCGUGCCGUAGUGAUCGCCUUUCGAUCGAACAGUAAUUCACUUACAAGUUAAUAAUGGGAAGGGGCGCGGUACACCCAUUUAUCUGCCGAGAACGAGGGAAUCGACUGGGAGAAAUACUGAGACGCGACUACGCCCAAGGGUUCCAGGCUCUUUUCUCGUCGCGGCCCGAGACUUUGAGGAAUCGAUGAAGCGCAAAGUAACAGUGACCUUGUUCGACUGUCAUUAUGCCACUAGAUGCGAUGAUUUCAAAGGAAGCAUUCGUCGUCGCUUUGAAUCAGUUUUAUCCUGAAGAAUGAAAAUAUCGAUUCGCGGAAGUACUUCGAAGCCUCGCCGGUAUCGGGACAGAUGUCCCCGGAUGUCGUCAUUGCGGCUGUAAUCGGCGCCGCUUCCACCCCUGUCGAUGCUAAACGUCACGAUGGCAGUGGUGGCGGAUCGCACGCUGCGCCCCCUGAUGCGGGGUGGGAAAGAGUAUUGAUUGGUCCGUCUCCGUGGUCGUCGCCGUCGUCGUGGGCGCCGUGCAAAAGGGUGGCGGAAUCGCCAGGCGCCAUCACGCGGGCCCGCCGCGACCGUGUCGUUGAGAAGGGCGUCCAGCCAGCGUCCGGCCGCGGUCCCGACUCGCCGAAAAGAUGGUCAUGAUGGCUGGCAUGGACGACCACGAGCGUAAAGUCGUCCUCGAGUUCUGCCACCUGCUCGAGAAGAGCAAGCAGCUGUUCAACGGGCUGCGCGACCUGCCGCAAUACGGACACAAGCAGUGGCAGGGUUACUUCGGGCGGACCUUUGACGUCUACACGAAGCUCUGGAAGUUCCAGCAACAGCACAGGACGAUACUGGACACAAAGUAUGGCCUCAAGAGGUGGCAGAUCGGCGAGAUCGCCAGCAAGAUCGGUCAGCUCUACUAUCAUUAUUACCUACGUACCAGCGAGACGAGCUAUCUGCACGAGGCCUAUUCGUUUUACGCGGCGAUACGUGGUCGCGCCUACUACAGUCGCGCAGCUAAGGAGGACAGGAGCGAUCUGAUGGUGAAGAAGCUCAGGUAUUAUGCUCGCUUCAUCGUCGUGUGUCUCCUGCUGAAUCGUAUAAAGCUCGUGCGGGAGCUCGUGCAAGAGCUCGAUGCUCAGAUAGCCGAUUAUACUAGCACGUACGAGCCGGACGAUCAGCUCGAGUGGAAUCUCGUUCUUGACGACAUCAAGGCCUUCGUCAAGGCCGAGUCCGCAGUCGGUGUCCUGCACUCGGACUCAAACCCGAUCGUGCUGACUCACAGGCUCGGUCCGCAGACCUGUCCACCUGUCGAACGAUCGCCACACAUGUGCCUAUCUCUCCAAGAGAUCCUAAUCGUCGGCAAUUGCGCCGAUCAGGUGAAAUUCAGUGAGUUGUCGAUGGACAUGUUCAGAAUGCUUCAGACACUCGAGCGGGAACCGAGGGACGACCCGAAUCACCUGCACGACGCCUCGCCCGCCGGCCGGAUGCCCUUUAGACCUGGGCCUUAUCCCGGACCGGAAAAUGGCGCGCCGAGACGCGACAAUCCGCACAAGUACCUGCUGUACAGGCCGACCUACAGCCAGGUACAAGUGUUCCUCGCGAGUGGCUUCAAGGAGCUACCAGCCAAUGGCGCGUUACUGCUGUACCUGUCGGCGGACGGCUGCUUCUCUACCGUCAAGCACCCCGAAGAAAUGGGGUACGACCUGGGCGGCGUGUCCACGUGCAGCAAGAGGGAUCCCGAGCACGGGAAGAGGCCGGCCGGUGGCAAGGAGCCGCAUUGCCUGUACCCGGGUGAUCUCUAUCCGUUCACCAGGAAGCCGCUCUUCGUCGUCGUCGACUCGGACAACAGCUUCGUGUUCCAGCAGAUACCGCGCUAUUUUGGCCAGCCGCUGAUGGUGCUGAUGUCGCCGCAGGAUGUGCCACCGACCCUGCGCGACCUGCGACACGGUGGCAGCCUGUUCACCCUCUUUCUUCAUGCCCCCCUCGCCGCCUUCUGCCUUAUAUGCAACGUCGGGAGUCUGCCCGUGCAACAUUGGGAGCGCUGCCAGCGUUACAUCGAGCGAUUCCUUAACGAGGCCAGUCAGCUCGUAACGCGUUCCCGAUGCGAGACUAGCGUGCUGCAAUUCUUUGGCGACGAUUUUUUGCGGUUGCUGCUGGUGCGUUACGUGUUCUGCGAUGUGGUGCUGAAUCUACAUCGUUCGUUCAGAGGUCGUCAACAGAGGCCGCGUUGCCAUCCGCCUUUACCGGACGCGGAAGUCCUGGAGCACCCUACUCUCCAUCAUCUGGUUCUCGAUUUGGCCGCCUGUCUGGACGCACGUGAUCAUUUCCCGGACAGUAACGAGCUCGCCUGACCCCGGCAUCUUCCUUGCCCAGCUCCCGACAUGACUCUGUUACCAUCUCACAACCACGAUUACGAUUACGACUACUGUAAUUAUAAUUGCAACAAUAAAAUCGUUACACUGAGACCUCAUUAAACCGCGUCUUCGCAGUAAUCGCGAGAUAGCGGCUACGUGUGUAUGUGUGACUCGGGACUUUCAAAGGAAGA